UCUUCUUCAUUUCUUCCACAGAUUUGUUUCUUUGGAGAGGGACAGCAACAAUGGCGUCGUCUUCCGAUUCUACUCCUACGGCAUUCUCUGGCUUCUUCACAUGCUUCGCUCUCAUCUUCUUCAUUCUAUCGCCACUCGUUCACGCGCACUCUUCGGCUUCUGCUCCCGCUCCCGCUCCCGCUAGCGACGGGACCUCCAUAGACCAGGGGAUUGCGUACGUGUUGAUGCUGAUGGCGUUGGUUCUCACAUAUCUCAUCCAUCCUCUCGAUGCAUCUUCCUACCAAUUUUUUCUGAAUUGAGUUCUAGGAUUGUAGCAAUGUUGGCGCUGUUUUUCGGAUUUUUGAAGAUGCGGUUAGUGGAUAAACCAUGAAGUAAGGUCAACUUUCUUGCUCUCGUUGUGAUAAAUGUAGGGUUGAAGAGGAAUUUUCAUGUUGAGUUUGCCAGAUUUUGAUCCAUUCUUUUAUUUAUUGAUUGUUUAAUCCAUUA